UGAUGGUAUAUGAUGAUUGGGCAUGACAGCGUGUGAAAGAAAACUGUAGAAAGAAAGUGCGAGCGAGAAAAGUAGAAAUGAAUGCGAGCUACAGCUAUUUUCCUGUAUUGGUGGCGUAUGAUUCCCGCGUCUCUUGUUGUUAUGCUGCAACAACAACAACAUCACGCACUUCUCAUCACCGUUCUAUUGUUUCUCUAUCUUUAUCUUUCUCAUCCUCCAACCUCCUCUUCUUCCAAAACCCUAAUUUCCUUACGGGGAACAACACUAUCUUCGUUACGAUGCAGCGGUUCUGCUCUGUGAGUGGCAUAAGUAAGAACAAAGCAAUGGUGGAGAGGUUGCAACAUUUUGGAGUAAUCACAUCAAGUAAGGUGGCUGAAGUAAUGGAGAGUGUUGAUAGAGCUUUGUUUGUACCCAGUGGAUCAGCACCUUAUGAUGACAGUCCCAUGGCCAUAGGCUACAAUGCCACUAUAUCUGCACCUCACAUGCAUGCUACCUGCCUUCAGUUGCUGGAAGAGAAUUUGCAACCUGGGAUGCACGCCCUCGACGUUGGCUCUGGAACAGGGUAUCUGACUGCGUGUUUUGCCAUGAUGGUUGGACCCCAAGGCCGUGCUGUUGGUGUAGAGCAUAUUCCUGAAUUGGUUUCCCUUGCAAAAGAAAAUAUUCAGAAAAGUGCUGCAGCUACACUAUUGAAAGAUGGUUCCCUUUCUGUUCAUGUCGGUGAUGGAAGGGAAGGUUGGCCAGAAUUUGCUCCUUAUGAUGUCAUUCACGUUGGAGCAGCAGCACCAGAAAUUCCUCAACCACUUAUCGACCAGUUGAAGCCUGGUGGGAGAAUGGUAAUUCCUGUUGGUAACAUAUUUCAAGAUUUAAAGGUGGUGGAUAAGAAUUCUGAUGGUUCUAUCAGUGUCCGGACUGAGACCUCCGUUCGUUAUGUGCCCCUCACUAGUCGAGAAGCUCAACUUCGCAGCUACUAAGAUGGAGCCGAAAUCCUGAAUUUCUGGAAGGCUAAUGCUUCAGAUGUCAAUGUUUGGGACUUUGAAUGUACACACGCCGUUAGAGUUUGUAUGGUAAUAGUAAUGUUUUCCUGAAUUUUGGAAGGUGCAAGUUAUGCAGAUAUCUAUCAGUGGUUUGAACUUGGAUGUAAGCACAUGCUGUUAGAAUUUGUAUAGUAUAAAGGUUUGUGCUCUUCUAACAGGAUAGAUUCAUGUAAACCACUUGCAGCAAUUAUAAUUUUGGUAUAAAAUGAGCCUGUCUUCUGUUUUUAA